AUGGCACGGUUCUGGUGGGGAGCAGAUAAGAAUCAAAGGAAAAUACAUUGGACCAAUUGGAAUGCACUAACUGAGGUUAAAGGAAAGGGAGGUUUAGGCUUUCGAGAUCUGGAAAUGUUCAACACAGCUUUGCUAGCAAAACAACUCUGGAGAAUCAUUGUUAUGCCUAACAGGCUUGUUAGUAGAGUUAUGAGAGCUAAAUAUAUGAAAAGAGAAUUGGACUGGAUAAGGCAAGCCCCUACUUCAGCAUCAUACCUAUGGAAGAGUCUUUUGAGUGCCAGAUUCCUAUUGAUAAAUGGAAUAAGAAAACAAGUUGGGGAUGGAAGUACCAUCAAGGUGUGGCAAGACAAAUGGAUACCAGGUUCAAGAGAUGGUAGAGUGGAAAAAGAUAGAGCAGCAUUGGGAAGCAUCCAAUAUGUCAAAGACCUGAUUAAACAAGGAUAG